GUGGGAGAGGGGCUUGUUUGUCGAGUCUACACAAACUAGCAACAGGAGCUGCAGUGUAUACGUAUAUAAGGGCUUAGACCGAGCAGACCACAAACGCCCUGACACACCAAUCUGCUGCUGACCAGACCCCAGACACUGAAGAUGAGAGUGGUGAACUUGGGUCCUGACCCAUCUUUGGUGUAUCGACCAGAAAUUGUAGAAAAGCAAUACAAGGAUAAAGAGGAUUACAGAAACUUUGAGAGUGGAGGUCUUUUCGAUCGAGUCUUCCACACAUACAAGAUAAUGCACAGCAUCCAGACUCUGGACUUUGUCCAACUAAAGCACUCCGAGUGGUCCCACUGCAGCCACUCCCAGAUGGGGGUGAUGGACGCAGUCAUGUCCCUGGACCAGCUGGUGGAUGAGUCAGAUCCCGACGUAGACUUCCCCAACUCCUUCCAUGCCUUCCAAACAGCCGAGGGAAUCCGGAGGGAACACCCCGAUAAUGGCUGGUUCCAGCUGGUGGGGCUCAUCCAUGACAUCGGGAAAAUCAUGGCUCUUUGGGGAGAGCCCCAGUGGGCAGUGGUCGGAGACACCUUCCCUGUUGGCUGUCGGUUCCAGAACUCCAUAGUGUUCAGGGAAAACAGUUUCCAGGACAACCCAAACACCUCUGACCCCGUGUACAGCACUGAAUGUGGAAUCUACACAAACAACUGUGGGCUGGAAAAAGUCAACAUGUCUUGGGGUCAUGAUGAGUAUCUGUACAGAGUGAUGAAGUAUAAUGAAUGCUCUAUCCCAGAGGAGGGCUUGUAUAUGAUCCGCUUCCACUCGUUCUACCCCUGGCACUCCAAUGGCGACUACAUGCAUCUCUGCAAUGAGAAGGAUCUGCGCAUGCUCCCCUGGGUUCAGGAGUUCAACAAAUUCGACCUGUACACAAAGACUGCUGAGCUGCCCGACGUCGAAGCCCUGAAACCGUACUACCAAUCCCUCAUCGACAAGUACUGCCCUGGAAUCCUUAAGUGGUGACCGGGAACACGGACCGACCCGGGCCAGAACCGGCCUCCACCCUCCGGGAUCGAGGAAAUAUAUACAUUUUUAUAUACUCAUAUACACAGAAUAUACAUAUAUAUACUCAUACAUUGAGAGGAAUUUGAUGUACAGAGUAUUUUUGCUUUAUAAUUUUUUAUUUAACCUUUUUAUAUCCGAUUCACUGAAGAGAAAGUGCACCACUUAUAUAGGCUCCUUUGUUUUCUCUAAACUCAUAACUCAUAGCUAUGAAUGGCAUGCCUGUUUCAAAUAUUGUCUCUUCAAAUAAACAAUGUUAUUCUCAUUUUA